CUGUGCGCAGGGCGACGCUCCGCUGCUCUCUGCGCCCGGCCCCCCACCCCCUGUACGAUGGUGCUCUGAGAGAGAGAGGCUGCAUGGAGACGCUUUUCCCGUAAACACGCAGGAGGAGGAAAGUUAGUUCAACUUCUGAGGCAUAUCGAAGCUGUGAGAUCUACACUCAGAGAGAGAGAGAGAGAGAGAGAGAGAGAGAGAGAGAGAGAGACAGGUGAAGGAAGCAUCAGGAUGAAGUCCAAAGGGAAGGCUGUGAAACCAUCCAGGAGGACCUGGUCUGACCCGGAACCAGAACUAGAACCAGACACAGAACCAGAACCUGGCUCAAGUGAGCAGGAAGGCUCGGAGGCCUCGGUGCGGAUUGGCGGCUCCUGGAGGGGGUCACUGAGGAGCGGGGACAGGAAGCGUCAAGGAGGAGUGGGUGGAGGGCGGAGGCGGAGACAACACGGCUCCAGCACCAAAGAACGCAGCGUCCGCCGUCUGGAGAGCAACGAGCGGGAGCGCCAGCGCAUGCACAAACUCAACAACGCCUUCCAAGCACUGCGCGAGGCCAUCCCACAUGUCAAGACUGACAAGAAGCUGUCCAAGAUUGAGACAUUGACCCUGGCUAAGAAUUACAUCAAAGCUUUGACCACCAUCAUCCUGGACAUGUCGGGGGCCUGCCUGCCGGCCGGUGGGGUCCCAUCAGAGGCCAGCGCUGCCAAGCUGCUCCAGUGCUACCAACAGCACCUGGAGGAGGAGGGGGAGGAUGGCCUCACCCAGUACCUCACCCACAUGCACAGCUUUAGCCAACACAGCUAGCAGUGGCUGCAAGGUGGUUUGGAGACCAGGAGAGGAAACCAGAGGCUGGUCUCCAAGGCAGAAAGAUGUGUGGGAAGACUUUUAGGGCCAGAUCUUAAAAGAUGCCCAGGUUCCUACGGUCACACUGCUCUGAGAUCUGGUCCAAAGCGGUGUUUCCAGUAGGAACCAGGAUCUGUUCCAGAUCAUGGACACCUGACAAUAACCCCACACUUGAACAUAAGCAAGAGGUGGGCUGUCUAGAACUUGCCCUUUGUGCAAAAUAUGGAAUGACUGAAGCACCAUUCAUCAAGCAGACACACAGUCUGCAGGUUGGACAGAGAAAACCAGAUGGACCAUGGUUAUGAAAAGCGAACAGACUCAUUUGAAGGGCUAAGCUUUCGCCAUUCUGUCUUCUUUCUUUUUCUUUUUUUUUUUUUAUUUCUCAUCUUCUAUGGUUUGAGCUGAGGCAGGAACUUGUUCUCUUUUGUGUUAUCUUGUGAUCUUCUUGUGUUUUCUGUUGAGAAACCUGCUGAGUGUAGCCUCUAGUCAUAACUGUCACAUCCAGGAAGAAAAGAAAAGCAAGCAGCAGGCCUAAGUACUGAAAUGUGGAAGCUAGAAAGUGUGUUUGUUCAUUUGCUCGUGUUGACGACCUGCCACCGAUUCAAGAACACGAUUUACUCGUCUUCUUACAGGCUUGUGAGCCUGUGCAGUGGCUGGAAGGCAGAGAUGAUGUUUAAAGUCUAUGUUGUUUGAUUUUUUCUUUGUUGAAGGAGACCGAGGAGGAGGAGGAGGAGAAAAUAUUUGAGAAGUUAUUAUCAAUAAACACAUUUAUUUAUUGACAGAGACUGUUAUUUUGACCAUGCACAACACUUUUUGAAUUGUACUCCACAAUGUCAACAGCACUGUUGUGUUGCA